AUGACCGGGCUGUCACCAUUACUUUAUUGGACGACCAACUUUAUCUACGACCUCUUGAAUUACGCUUUCAGUGCUGCAUUGACACUGCUUGUCAUUUUCAUUAUUGGAAUGCCCGUGUACAAGUCGCUUGAAAACUUGGAGGCGUUUGCAUUGCUCAUGGCUCUGUUUGGGAUUUCAACGAUUCCUAUGGUAUAUGCGGUAUGUUCUUGUCAACUAGAAGGAACUAACAUUUGUCUCAUCUACCAUAUUAGGCUUGACCUUCCAAUGCAGUUCUUUUGA